GCAGCAGCUGUUGGCUCUUGAGUUGGUAAUAAGUGUCAUUUCUUAAUACGGGAGAGCUUUAGAUAAACCUUAAUCUGCUUCUCGCCUCAUUGAACUCCACGGACUUCCCCUUCAAUUCCUUCCUUCUCGGCCUAUUUGCGUCACACUCUUACUAACAGAGGAAAAAAGAAUGUUUCGUUUAGUCGGCGCAACAUCUGUGGUCAUAUGCCGGAGAGAGACAGAAGGGGAAGGAUUUAUAGGAGAAGGGAACAGAUCCCAGGAGACGGGACACAACCCCCGAUUAAUACCUGGUACCCAUUCACUGCUGGGUGGACAGGGGCGUAGGGUAUCGGAAAAGCCGCCCAAAUUUUUCCAAUCCACCCAGGAAUCGAUCCCGGGCUCUCUCGGUUGUGAGCCGAGUGUGCUAACAACUGCACCACGAAGCCCCUCUACUAACAGAGGAAAUUAUGUUGGACGUAGCCACUAACCUUUAAAGGUGUCUCAAAUGGCUCGUGAAGGGAAAGGUGUCUCGCUCAAUACCUAUCGACUUGCUCAAGUUACGAACUCAGUGGGCGUCCCCUAGCCCGGUAGCAGCGACGGGCCAAUUUUGUGCCACGAUAUAAACCCCCCAAAAAAAGAUGAUAUAUAAUCUGAUCACAAAUGCUUUGAUAUAUAGUGAAAUGGUUUGUGUGAGGGAUGAUUUUUUCUCAUUUUUCUCGCUUAGAGGGACCAUUAAGAAACAUGAUCCCCGCUGCUAACCGGCUAGGCGUCCUCCACUUCGGAUUCUCUUAUAGAAACAACUCGGUGUGCUGGGUCGGCUUCUGGGUAGCGUGCCACGUGCCCGAAUGCCCGGAGUUGGCGUUGAGGGACUAUGCAGGUAAUAGGCCUUAAAUUAGGGGCGCUUUCACAGUCACGUUGUUUGUUUUGAUCGUUACCAAUGGCGGCGAUCGACGCUAUAGUUUUCCACGUGAAACUGGGUUAUGGGGUAGUGGCGGCUGCAGAGGAAGCGAGAGGUGUUGAGAGUGUGUGGCAAGGUGCGGGGCUAGGCUAACCCCGCAGCCGCCACUACCCCAUCGCCCAGUUUUACGUGGAUAUACUAUAGCGGCGAUAACAGCCAUUGGUAACGAUCAAAACAAACAAAACGACUGUGAAAACGGCCCUUAGGUUGGUAUUACAAGACACUUUCGCUUCUCACAUCAACUAUUUCUAAAGGUCAAAGAGGAGGUCAAUCGGGUCCUAAUGAGUGUUUCUUAAGGUUCACGGUAAAGAAGAGGGGUCAGACUACCACCAGGGUCAUAAAACUACUUCUGGAAAUGCCCACAACUCCUACGAAAGCCCUGUCAAAUAUGUGUUUCUUCAGGUUCACGGUACAGAGGAAGGGUCAGACUACCACCAGGGUCAUAAAACUACUGCUGGAAAUGCCCACAACUCCUACGAAAGCCUUGUCAAAUAUGUGUUUCUUCAGGUUCACGGUACAGAAGAAGGGUCAGACUACCACCAGGGUCAUAAAACUACUUCUGGAAAUGCCCACAACUCCUACGAAAGCCCUGUCAAAUAUGUGUUUCUUCAGGUUCACGGUACAGAAGAGGGGUCAGACUACCACCAGGGUCAUAAAACUACUGCUGGAAAUGCCCACAACUCCUACGAAAGCCUUGUCAAAUAUGUGUUUCUUCAGGUUCACGGUACAGAGGAAGGGUCAGACUACCACCAGGGUCAUAAAACUACUUCUGGAAAUGCCCACAACUCCUACGAAAGCCUUGUCAAAUAUGUGUUUCUUCAGGUUCACGGUACAGAGGAAGGGUCAGACUACCACCAGGGUCAUAAAACUACUUCUGGAAAUGCCCACAACUCCUACGAAAGCCUUGUCAAAUAUGUGUUUCUUCAGGUUCACGGUACAGAGGAAGGGUCAGACUACCACCAGGGUCAUAAAACUACUGCUGGAAAUGCCCACAACUCCUACGAAAGCCUUGUCAAAUAUGUGUUUCUUCAGGUUCACGGUACAGAGGAAGGGUCAAAGUACCACCAGGGUCAUAAAACUACUGCUGGAAAUGCCCACAACUCCUACGAAAGCCUUGUCAAAUAUGUGUUUCUUCAGGUUCACGGUACAGAGGAAGGGUCAAACUACCACCAGGGUCAUAAAACUACUUCUGGAAAUGCCCACAACUCCUACGAAAGCCUUGUCAAAUAUGUGUUCUUGGGCAACGAAAUGUCUGAUGAUACGACCCUAAUAGUCUCACGGGGUGGUCGCUGGUUUGACGCAGAGACAAUCCAGCGAUAUACCGUGAUUACCGAAGGGAUCAAUCUAUCUCUUCAAGUCGCUAUUGUGUCCAUGUUUCACAGCCACAGAGCCGAUUUCACAGUCCAACACAGUGUCUUCGUAACAGCCCGAACCAAACAAUAGAAUACCAUACAAUCCAAAAUGGUGAGGUCUUCGAUGCCACGCUACAUACACAAGACUUUUCCAGUAUAGUUUCAUCAAAUUUGUGAACUUAAAUACAAACGCUAGACACUAUACAAGGAAAUUUCGAAGGCUCUGGUAUUGGUUUGGGAGCUUACUAACCCGUCAUGGGGAACUGUGAAACUGGCCUAUAGAGUUAAGGAAUCUGACUGACUGAUGCUAUUGGAACUUGCCUUACGGAAAUAGCGUAAACCCGGAAAACUUGUAAUCUGGGCGUUGAAAUUCCCCCUUGUGACAGACCCGAGAUAAAAAAAAAAGGGCGUAGGAAGAAGAAAAAAAGAGUUACAUUUCAAGGUGGAUAAAAUUAAUGAUCUUCGCGACAUGAGAAAAAUCUUAGACACAUAGGGAAGCGGUUUUUUGUUGUUGUUGUUGUUGGUUUUUAUUCAGAAAGGUUAUUUUUUUGUGAUAAUUAGCCAUUGCGUUGUUUUGUGUUUUUUUUUGUUGUUGUUGUUGGUUUUUAUUCAGAAAGGUUAUUUUUUUGUGAUAAUUAGCCAUUGUUUGUCGCGCUGAAUAGGGAAGGCGUUGUGUCCUUGUGUGUGUGUGUGUGUGUGUGUGUGUGUGUGUGUGUGUGUACUGCAACAAAGGACAGCUCCCACGCGCCUACGAGAGAGAGAGAGAGAGAGAGAGAGAGAGAGAGAGAGAGAGAGAGAGAGAUACACAUAACCUAUCUCAUUAUCAUCAUCAUCAUCAUAACUAUAUAGCAACACCUCAAUACCUUCCUCCUCCUCCUCCUCCUCCUCCUCCUCCUCUUCCUCCUCCUCCUCAGCCUUGCGUUACCUAACCUUAAUUAACUACAUGCUACGCCUUACCUGCUUACCUGCUCACCUGUCUGUCUACCCUCCUCCUCCUCCUCCUCCUCCUCU